AUGCCACCUAAACCCGCACCCAAAUCCCUCCAUCUUCUCCUAAAGACCCACAAACUCACCAUAUUCUUGACUGUGCCCGCUGGAACAACCAUCGCUGCUCUCAAGGAGGAAGCCCUCGGCGCGCUCACGUCAGGCGCGUACGACGGCCCGGACGUUCCACCCGUUAGCAGCACAGACGACUUCGUUCUUUGCCGCAGCGCACGCGCCAAGUCGGGUAGCUCAAGCUCAAGCGCGUCGUACGACCUGUUGGACGAGGAUAGCAGUGUACGAGAAGUGCUGGCGAACUGGGAGAUCGUGUACAUGCAGUUCAAGGACGAGUACGGUUGCCCUCUCUUUUGGUGGUGGCAUCGCGCGUGGCCUUCUUCCGAUGACGUGUGCUAUGAGCGUGAACUCCAGCCAAUCGAAGUGACGCUACCCUCUCUGCUCGAUGACGAAGAGGAAGAGCCGCGACGCGCACCACCACCUACCAGUGAUUCUCCUCCAGCAAGUAAAGGAAAGCGCAAGGCCAUUCCAGAAUAA